CGAGAGGCGGGCCGGAGCGGCCCGCGGCAGGCGCGACGCGGCGCGACGCUGGUCGUGUGCCCGAUGUCGCUUCUCUCGCAGUGGCACGAGAACUUGCUCGCGCACGCGGGAGGCGCCCUCACCGCCACCGUGUACUACGGGCAGGGCCGCGACAAGUCGGGGGCGACGCUGCUCGACCACGACGUCGUGAUCACCACCUACGGCACCCUGGCUUCGGAGCACUCCUCCUUCGCCGCGAGCGAGGCCGCCUCCGCCGAGAGCGCCGCCCAAGGCAAGCCGGGCCCCUUCUUUCGCGCCGUGCGAAAGCCGCCGCUGCUCGCGGCGCGCUGGCGGCGCGUCGUGCUCGACGAGGCGCACACGAUCAAGGGGCGCGCGACGCAGCAGGCCAAGGCCGCUUUCGCCCUCGAUUGCGAGUGCCGGUGGGCCGUCUCGGGCACGCCGGUCCAGAACGCCCUCGACGACCUCUUCUCGUUGCUCCACUUCCUGCGCCUCGCGCCGUUCGACGACUACGCCUACUGGCGGCAGAACGCAAGGCGCAGAAAAGGUGAUCGCCGCUUCUGGCACGUCCCCGACGCCCUCCCUGACACGUCCCCGACACCCUCCCUGACACGUGCCUCGCUCGAGGUGGUCGCCGCCUUUGGUCUCCUCCGCGGCGCUCUCGACCCCCUCCUGCUGCGGCGCACGAAGAGCACGCGCGGCGCCGACGGGCAGCCAAUCGUGGCGCUUCCCCCCCGAGCGACGCACAUCGAGUGGCUGCUCCUGUCGGAGGAGGAGAGGGACUUUUACGACGCGCUACGCACGCAGUCGCGCGUGCGCUUCGACGCCUUCGUCGCGGAAGGGCGCGUGCUCAACAACUACGCGACCGUGCUGCACAUGCUGCUGCAGCUGCGGCAGGCGUGCGACCACCCGUACCUCGUGCUCGCGCGCUCGGGCGCCGACGCCGACAUCUCGCGGCUCGGCGCGCGCUUGCUGCGGCACGAGUGCGUCAUCUGCCUCGACCAGUUCGACGACCCGGUGCUGACCCGCUGCUCGCACACCUUUUGCCGCGACCUGGUGACGGUCCCUGGCUCGCGCUUCGCCGUCGACCUCGACUCGCACUGGAAGGCGUCUGCCAAGCUGGAGGCGCUCAUGGCGGACGUGCGCGAGACGCUCGCCACGCCCCUCCCGCCGCCCGCCCUGGUGAUCGUGUCGCAGUGGACGUCGAUGCUCGACCUCGUGCAGCGGCCCCUCGAGGCGGCGGAGCUCCGCUUCGAGCGGCUCGACGGCAAGCUCUCGCAGCCGGCGCGCGCGAGCGUGCUCAAGCGCUUCGCCGCGCGCGACGGGCCUCGCAUCCUCCUCCUCUCGCUCCGCGCGGGCGGCGUCGGCCUCAACCUCGUGUCUGCGCAGACACUCUACCUGCUCGACCCUUGGUGGAACCCCGCCGUCGAGGAGCAGGCGGUCAACCGGAUCCACCGCAUCGGCCAGCGGUAUCCGGUGCGCAUCAAGCGCUUCCUCGUGCAGGACUCCGUCGAGGAGCGCAUCCUCGAGCUGCAGAAGCGGAAGGCGGCGCUC